GACUCGCCUCGUUCUAUCCUCCGGCUGGUGUCGCCGUCGCCGGACAGAUUGCUUUGGAUUCGUGCAAGAUGACGACCGGCAAGGUGUUACCCACCUUGUUGGCCCUCGCGGUCUACGUUAAUGUGGUCCUCGCUCUUCCCUUGAAGACCUGCCCCGCGAUUGAAUGUACAGGAUCAAAUGAUGUUUUCGCUUUCGAGCCGAAAAAGAUCUACACUUACAACCUGGAAACUCAAACUUCAAACAUCCUUAGCGGAGCCACCGUGAAUCAAGGAAAACUACACCUGAGCUCCGAAGUGACCCUGCAGGCUGUUAGCACCUGUUCGGCUAUUCUGACCGUCAAGAAAGCUAUCAUCUCGAAUGGAGACAAGAAGCACCAGGGCUCAACCAUCAUUGAGGGCUCACCAGUGCUGAUUGGAAUCCAAAACGGUCAGCUCGUUUCCGAGUUCUGUGCCGGCAAGGCAGACUCCUUGGUGUCCCUGAACGUCAAGAGAGCCAUCGCCUCGUUCUUCCAGAUCCCGGUCGAGAAGAAGCAAUAUACGGACAUUUUCGGCACUUGCGAAGUCGAAACUACUGUCGUCAACGGAGCCGACGGCGCCACCGAGGUCAACUCGUACCGCAACCUGAACAGCUGCAAACACCGCGAGAGCAUUAUUUCCUCCAUUCCCUCUUCCUCCUACAACUUUGAGGCGAAUGUCCAAUCUGCUCCGGUCAUCAAGUCUAGUGCUCGCAUUGAGCAGAAAUUGAAGAACAAGGUCCUUGAGUCUGCCUCAGGCCACGAGGAGUACCACUUUGUGCCUUACAGCAACGAGGGUAACGGAGCCAUCAUCACCGUUUCGACCAACAUCUCGCUUGUUCGCACCACCGAUGGAGACGCGCCGUUUGUUGCCGCUGAACCGACUUCACUGUCUGUCAUUUUCGAGUCGCCCCACGGCUCCAGCAAUGACUUCUCCAACCUCAAAACCCUGCAGAGUGCUGUGGAAAGUGUGUGCGCAUCCAUCGAGUCAUCCAACGUGGAUACCGCCUACCAGGUGCGCAACCUGAUCCAGAUCGUGCGCCAGUCCUCCGCCAACGACCUGCUGAAGACCUUCAAUAGCUUCAAGAGCAAGUGCGGCGGCAAACUCCUCAUCGAUGCUCUUCUCAGCGCUGCCACAGGCCAGAGCAUGGAGGCUCUUGUCAAGCUGUCCAAAACCAAAGGCACUGUUGAUCUAGAUCAGCUGUACAUCAGCCUGGCCUUCAACAGGCACCCCACUCUGGCCUCAAUCAAAGCAGUCGGCACCUUGGUAGACAAGAACGCCCCUCGCAGCCUUAUUCUGGGAGCUGGUGCUCUCGUGGGCAAGUACCAUGAGUUGCACGGCGUGGGAGAAAACAAGGAAAUCGACGGCCUUCUCGAUAAGAUCACUAAGCCUUUGGAUAACUGCAACACCAAGACGCACGAAGAAGAGGACAAGGUUUUGACCGCCCUGAAGGGUCUGCACAACGCACAUUACAUCCCUGAGAACAUUGCUGUCAAGGUGAAGGCAUGCGUUGGCAAGAAGUUGCCGGCUCGCGUGCGUGUGGCCGCGCUGGACGCCAUCCAGAGCGACGCUGGCAACGCACAGUUGAAGCCGACAGUGCUGGAGAUCCUGGCCGACCGCGAAGAAGACUCUGAGGUGCGCAUCAAGGCCUACCUGGUCGCCGCCACCUGCCCGUGCGGAAAGGUGUACGAAGUCGUGAGCAAGCUGAUCGAGAGCGAGCCCGUCAACCAGGUCGGUUCUUUCGUGGCCACGCACCUGCGAAACCUGAGGGCCUCUGCCAACCCGGACAAGGCUGGUGCCAAGGCCAUCCUCAGCUCCAUCAGUGUGCCUGCCAAAAAGUACAAGUAUGACUACCGCCGCUUCUCCACCAACAACGAGCUGAGCUUCUCGCUGAGCAAGGAAGGCGUCGCCGCCUCCGCCGAAAGCAACAUCAUCUUCUCGCAAAAUUCUUUCCUGCCGAGAAGUGCUGACCUCAACCUGACCGCCAACAUCUUGGGCCACUCCUUCAACCUGCUUGAGGUUGGACUCAGGGCUGAGAAUCUGGAACACAUCCUUGAAGGCUUCUUUGGACCCAAGGGCUAUUACAACACUCGCUCCGCUGAGGAUGUCCUCAGUUCUGGCAACAACACUGUCAACACCCUCGCUGCUAAGAUUAGGGAAAGAGCUAGCCAGUCCAUCCGCAACAAGAGGUCCAUUGACCGCAGCAGCGUAAACAAGAUCAACGCCAAGGUGUACCACGAGCACGACAACGUCAUCAACACUGACCUGUAUCUGAAGCUUUUCGGCUACGAGCUAGCAUUCUACUCGUACUACGGAGACCCUACUGAGUUCUCUCCUUUCGGCAUCGUGGACAAGAUCUUCGACCGCGUCGAUAACACAAUCAAGGCCGCCAAGGACUUCAACUUGGAGUAUGAGAAGAACGUGCAGAUCUUCGACACCGAACUCUCUUAUCCCACUCUGACCGGCUUCCCCAUCAAGCUUUCCACUGCGGCCACUGCAGCCAUCAAGGUUGAACUGAAAACGGCCUUCGACCUGCCCGCCAUUGUUGAGAAUCCUAAGAACACAAAUUUCCAGUUCAAGUUCAUCCCAAGCGCCACCAUUGAAGCUGCCACCGACUUCUUUGUUGACUUCCACGUCGCCUCCUCUGGUCUGAAGCACGCCGCCACUAUCCACACUGCCAACGCCGUUGACCUCACCUUGAAAAUCCUGGAUGGAAAGGGUUUCGACCUCAACAUCGGUUCUCCACUGGCCAAGCAACAGCUUUUGAACGUUAAAUCUGAAUUGUUCAGCACCAGUCGUGACAAGACCAGUGUUCCAGUCCAGACCCCACUUGAAUUCUCCAUCCCUAGGAAAACCUACCACGGCUGCUUUGACCAGCUGAAUUCAUUCAUUGGUCAAUCUCUUUGCUUUGACUUAAACUACCCCAACGAGGGCGUGCCCAAGAAGGGACCUUUCUUCCCCCUUGAUGGACCAUUCUUGUUGAAAGGUGAACUCGAGAAGGAUAGCUCUCUGACCAACUACAACAUCCAGGCCAAAUACGAUGACACAAAGCCAAAUGUAAGAGGAUGGAGCCUUGAGUUCAGCACCCCUAACUCGGCCAAUAAUAGGCUUUUCCGUUUCUUCUUCAUUCUGACAAAUGUCUUCACUAAGGACGACCCUAACAAGCAAGCCAAGCUGGAAUUCGUCACUCCAUUUAAGUCGGGAUACGCUUCCUUGAGCAGUAUCAGCAACGAUCAGGAGAAGGCUCUGGAGGCCAUUGCUAAGUUGGACGAGGAUGAGUACAAAGCGAAGCUGGGUCUCACUGUGAUCGGGGCUUCUGGUGAAACAACCACCUACAAGCCAGUCCUCACCUACUCUGCUCCUGGCGAUGACGGAGCCAACAGGCAGUAUACUGUCGAUGGCACCAUCAAGCACGACAAGGGAAACAACGUCAACAAGCUGACCUUCACCGAGGUGGCUGUCACCAUACCUAGCAACAAGUACCAACUCGAUGGUAUCGUCAGUACUGGCCCGUUCGGAUUUGACAUUGACGUAAUUGCCAAGUACAACAACCUGGCUGAAACCGCCAUCCUCACGAGCAAGUACGCGCACCAAGAGAAGCUCCACUUUGACAUCCUGGUCAAACUUUCCCAGUUCCCUGAAUCUGCAUUCUCUGCCGUUUAUGAUGGACUGAAUGUUAAGAAUCAGGCUGACAAUAAGCUCAAGGUGUUCUAUGGAGCUGAUCUGAACAAUGAGAAAAAUUCCGUGACCAUUGAGCAGUUCUACAAGGUUGAAAAGGAAGGAGAAAAAAUCACCUCGAUCAUUUCCAAGAAUAAGUUGACCUACCCAGCUGCUGACCUUUACCUUACUUUGAAUACUGAGGCCGUGCGUAAGAAGAGCUUCCACUAUGUUUUCGAAGCUGGCUACGAACAACAGAAGUUUACCUCUGAGCUCAAUUACAAGUUCAAUAUUCCUGCUGUGGAAGGUGUGAAGGACUCUAGGGACCCUGGAGGCUUUGACCUGCAAUUCAAGGCCGGCGCUGCCGGAAAGACCGUCGUGGUCAACAUCAACCGCCUCAUCCAGAACGCAGUCACCUCCAAGAGCCUUUUCAGCGUUGAACUCCAGCCCGAGAGCAAAAUCUUCAAGAUUGAGUCUGACCUCAUCCACAGGCUGGAUAAGAGCGACUUCAAGGUGAUGCUCACCUCUGUGUUCACCGUCACUGGAAUCCCUGACACUUACGCCAUUUGCACUGGCGUGGAGAAUAAACCUGAGCAGAACCAGGCCCACCUUAGGGUUUCUAAGGGAGCUGACGAGGUCCUCAGGAUCAAGGGCGAAACCAACCUUGGUGACACUGUCACUGGCAAAUUCGAGGUCUUCCUCAAGGGCUUCGUCGAUGGAACUGGCUCCUUCAACCAUAUUAAGAGCAAGAAUGAAGGAAACCUUGAGGCCACCUUCAAUUCUGAAAAGCUGAACCGCAAGGUUGUAGUUUCUGGAAAGGUAGCUCCUGGCGCCAAGGCCACCGCUCGCGAGGUUGGACUCGUGGUGCACCUUGACGCGGACAAGAACCCCGACAGCAAGAUCUCCGUGGACAGUAGCAUCGACCUGAACAAGGACGGCCGCUCCUACGACACCAAGACAAAGGUCGCCGUGUUAGACAGCGUUUUCGUCGUCGCCCUGAAGGGUGUGGUGCCCAGUCGCACUCCUCUGGACAAUGGAGUCAUGUACAAGUUUGACGGCUCUUUCGAGCUUCCGAGCAAGCAGGUGUUCAGCGCCUACGCUGACUUUGUGCAGCUCAAGGAGACGGAGGGCAAGGGAACUACCUCCCUGGUAAAGUUCAACGACGGCAAGGAUUACAAGCUGAAGUACAGCGCCCGUCACGUGAGUGUGGACGGCUUCAAUGUUCCCACCUUUGACGUGGACACCAAGCUUGAGCUUAGUGGUGGAAAGAAGGACUUAAACGUCGCCCUUAAUGUUAAGAACACUGCAGAGGCUGAAAAAAAGACCAUUGUUCACAAGGUUGACGUUAGUGGAUCCGCAAUUCCCCAGCCUUUCAGCUCAACAUUCACUGCUGAAAUCCAAGACAUCCCCAAGUAUGGACUCAAGGCCACCUACGGUGAGAAGGUUGCUCUCGAUGCUGAAGCCUCCUUCAACUUCAAAAAUAAGAAAGACCAGUCUUACAAUCUGAACUUCAACCUCAAGUCCGACUUUGAAGGAUACAAGCAGGUCAAAUACGUCUCCUCCUACAAAGGCAACUAUGAAGAGGAAUCUUGCAAGGCCGAUGCCACUGAACUCCUUGAAAUUGAAAACGCCAGGGUGUACGACAUCGCUGCCCACGUGGAUUAUCUGCACACCACCACCCAGUGCAAGGGAUUGUACAAGUUGACCUCGUUCCUUGGAGCUGAAGAGAAGGAACCGCGCGUGUUCAGCAUCAGCCACGACUUCCAAGGAGCCACUGAAAAGAUCACCGACAACACUCAGGCCCGCAAGGUCACUGUCAACGUCGGCUUGAGCCAGGCCAACACCGCCUUUGGAAUCAAGCUUGACGGAGAGACUCCAGGAGAUGGAUCCACCAGCGGAAAGUUCGGUCUUACCCUUGACACUCCCAUUGAGAACUACAAGACUAUCGUCAUCAAGCUUGAUAGAAGGUGCAAAGACUCAGAAAAACUGGUGGACGCUGAUGUGGAGCUCCAGUUCAACAGCGACGCAAACCGUCACUAUCUGGUCCAUGGCAAGAUUGACUUGAGAGAAAUCAGCAGGCUCUUCUCUGUGGAAAUUACCAAGUUUGACAAAUCCCCAAUUUUCAAAACCCUUGCGGCCUACCGCAGACCUACCAGCACCGAAAUCACGGGCGAACUAGUCAUCAACGUCGCAGGACCCAAGCCCCGCGACCUGGCCGUUGAUGGUGUUGUUAAAUAUCCUGGUGGAUUUGAGGACUUUGACGUUGUCAUCAAUCUGGACUCUGCUGACCUGAAGUUGAACAAGGUCAAAGUGCAUCUAGAUACUACAAACUCUGCUGCCAAGGGACGAAAGAUCAAUAUCUCCGUCAAGUCUGCUGACAAGACCUUGGUCGAAGGAAGCACUAAUAUCCAGAAGAAGGAAGAUGGCCAGAGCACCGUCUAUGAAGGCAAGGGUGAGGUUGAGCUGGACGGCGAUAAAUACUCCUCAGACCUGACACUGUCGCACAAGAUCUUGAAAAAGGAGGGUAGUGACCCUGAGCAAGGAUUUGACUUCGCCCUGAGCGGCACCCUCACCGGCAAGCAGACCAGGACCGUUGAAUCCCAGCUUUUGCUCACCAACAAGGCUCUGCGCGCUCACACCAAGUACUGCGACGCUAAAUGCUCACAGGUCGAGGUUGCCAACACGCUGAAGAUCACUGAUACUACUAAGCUGGAAAUCGAGAACAAAAUCAACAUCGAUUUUGAGCACUCAGCCAACGUCUUCGCUCUGAACCUUGGCUCCAAGCUGCUCCGCAAGGGCUUGGAAUUCGAACACAAGAUCGAAGCUGUGCUUGGCAAGGCUGACAAGGCCACCAAGUAUGAGUACGAAGCUUUCAUCAAGGAACGUUCCACCGGCUUCCACCUGACCACGCCCAAGAGGACCAUUGCCAUUGACGGUAUCUUCUCCACGCCUGGAAAGGGCAAGAGCGAGAACACUCAGAACUACAAGACUGAGGUCACUGUGUACCUGGACAAGACUAACGAACCCGACAAGAAGCUGAGUCUUUUGAGCACCGUAGAUAUCACCAAGGGCAAGGAUGGAACCACCUACUCCUCCGACAUCAAGCUUUCACACCCUCUGAUUGAAAAGCCACUUAUUGUCAAGUCAAAGACCCUGAUUGGCACCGGACAGGUGCUGCUCGACUCGUCCUUCAACCUGGACGUGUUCGCCAAGAAGAACCAGGCAAUUGUGUUUAGCUUGAAGAACGAGCGCAUCCCCAUCGAAGGUGGCUUCAACAUGACCUCGACCCUGACGAUUGCCAGCAAGGCUCAAAGCCUGGACUUCAGCGCCGUGAGCCAUUUUGUCGCCUCAAAGAAGGAGGUCGGUUUCGGCUCCAUCAUUACCUGCAAGAAAGAUAACGACAUCAAGGAAUCGGCCGUCCUCUUCUCCGCCAACAUCGACUCGCUGCUUGUCUUCGUCAGAUCUCCAUCCUGCGAGGUCCUGAGAGUCCACGGUGAUUGCAAGAGACAGCAGGGCAUUCCCCCUAAGAACAGCGUCUUCCUUUCUUUCCUCGACACAAUCACCUUUGAGGGAGAGGUCAUCGGCUACCAGAGCUUCAAGUAUCAGGCAUAUGAUAAGAACCACCCUGACGUCCGAACUGUGUACUCUGGAGCUUAUGAAAUCGAGAAGGAGCUGUUGCUGGAGGCUGAGCACCUGUCCGCUGGCAGCUCUGCCAAGCUUUUCCGCCUGCGCGUUGCUUUGGACAAGGACAACUUCCUGCAGACCGAGCAGACGCUGGACGCUGAUCAACUGAAGGUCGCCCUUGAGAGGCUGCAGGCCAUCGGCAAGGCUGCCGUUGACAACUUUGUGCAGUGCGCCUCUGAAAACUACAAGGUGGCCGAGGCAAGAGCCAAGUCUAUCUACGAAAACCUGAAGAAGGCCCAACCCAACCUGCAGCCCCUGAUCGACAGGGUCAAGGCCCAGCUGGACGCCCUGCAGGCUGAACUCCGCGCUGACCCCACCAUCAAUGAACUCUUCGGAAUCAUUCAAAACCUUGUUGGAGGACUUGCUCAAGCCGUCACUAAGUUCCUGCAGACGGCUGGAGAAUAUGUUGAAAAGUUAACCACCAUCCUGAAGGAGUGGGCCGGAAAGUUCUCCGAGCUGAUCAACAAGCUGACCCCCGUUGUCACUGAAGCCAUUGGAAACGUUAGCAAGGCGAUUGCUGGAGUUUUCAACGCCUUCUUUGAGAUCUUCGUCAAGCUGGGUGGACAGGUCCUUGAGGUCAUCAAGGCCAACAGCGGUGACAUUCAGAAGUUCUUUGCCCUGUUUGCCGAAUUCUUCAAAGAGCAAAGCAAGGUUAUUGGAGAGAUUGUGACUGAACUGAGCGUGUACGUCAAUGAGCUGAUUAAGACCAUCAUCAAACAGCUCGAGUCUCAGCCGGUCCUGGAGAAGCUCAAGGAGAGGUACCAGGAACUCUACAAACUCUUCCUGGAGCGAUUUGACGGAGUAUUCAUCGAGAUCACCGAUACGCUGAAGGAGAUCCUGCCCAACAAGGAGCUGCAGGAGUUUGCCACGGCCCUCUCAGACUACAUCUACAAGAAGGUCAAGGGCCAGACUGUCGAUGAUAUCGCCGAGCUCAGGAAAAUCUCAGAGAAACUGAUCAGGGCCCUAACCCUCAUGUUCAACCUGCCAGAGGGCACCGGCGUGCCUGGCGUGCAGGGCCUCAACUUUGAAAACCUGCUCAGGUUCAGCGUGGCCCCCAACAACUUGGACUCGCUGCUGAAUCUGCCACAGUUUGCCAGCUUCAGGGUCAGCCUCUUUGAGCUCCUGGGUGCCAGCGACCUGCCAUCCGCGUCUGAAAUUCUCUUCACCUACUCUGUGCCUCGCCACGUUGAUGAUGUCGUCCCGCCUCACAGAGCUUAUGGUCAGAUCUCUGGCUCCAAGCACAUCUACACCUUUGACGGCGACCACUACACCCUGAAGGGCGAUUGCCAGUACCUGCUGGCCAGAGACUUUGACGACGGCAACUUCAGCUUGACUGCUGAGCUGGCCGGUGGCGAAUUAAAAUCUGUUGCCUACAUUGAUGCGCAAGACACCGUUGAAAUCAAGGAUGACCAUACUGUCUUGGUGAACGGACAACCAGCUGAACUGCCUCUGCACCAGAACGACAUCAGCGUGUUCCGCACCCUGAACGCAGUCAACAUUAAGAGCAAAUUCGGCGUCGAGGUUGUGUGCGACGUGCACCAGAGGCUUGUCACCUUCACCAUCAAUGGCUACUACUUCGGCAAGACCAGAGGUCUCCUUGGCACCAUCAGCAACGAGAAGUACGACGACUGGACUCUGCCUAAUGGACAGAUUGCCACCACUGUGUCCCAGUUUGCUAACGCGUACGCUCUGAGUGAGUCCUGCCAGAACCAGGUGCCUGUGGAACACAAGCAUGUGACAAACACCGAGUGCGGCAACGCCUUCACCGCCCCUGCCUCUUUCAGCGAAUGCUUUGGCUUUGUUGACCGCACCCCAUACCGCCAGGGAUGCGAGGACGCUAUUGAAGAUGCUCAGACCCCUGAGCAGAAGACUGCCGCUAUUUGCAACGCUGCCGCGGCCUACGUCGCCAAGUGCCGUGAAUCCACCUUCCUCCUACCGACAAUCCCCAAGACCUGCGCCAAGUGCAACCUGGGCAGCAGUAGCAUUGACGUUGGCAAGACCGCCGUCGUGAAGACCGCAGGAAAGGUAGAUGCAGUCAUUCUUGUCGAGCAGACAACCGAAAACAGUGCCGCUUUCAACGACCUGGGACUGCCCCUGGCCGCCGAGGUGAAGAAGGACUUAAUCGCCAAAGGCUUUGGCGACAUUAGAGCGGCGCUGAUCGGCUACGGUGCCCCUGGCCAGCGUUAUCCAUCGCUGUUCACCACCAACGGCCAGUUCUCCUUAACCAUUGACGGCCCACCCAAGCAGCUCAAAUUUGGCCCUGUGGAAGGCGCAACCGCUGGUGUCAGCACGCAUCCUCUGCUCGCUUAUCUUAACAGCGCCAAGGAGUACAGCACCCUCGAGCUUGGACUCACCCCUCUGGCGCAGGCCUUCAGACAGGUCAUGGAGUACCCCUUCAGGGCCGACGCCGCCAAGGUCGUCAUCCUCGUCAGGAACAGCGAGUGCCACAAGAGCAAGCUGCCAGUAGCGCUGCAGCAACUGGUCUUCUUCCAAGCUAGGGCCUUCUUCAAGGACCGCGGCAUCGUUGUCGGCCUCAUUCAGCCAAUCGAUAUCUCCACAUCGUCCGCUGAAAAGAAGAUCGCUGGCUUCGACUCUGAUGUUGCCAUCGUUUACACCAAGAAGGGCGUCGACGCUGCUGGUCGCAGCAGCCUUGACUACAGCUCAGACACCUGCGCUCCUUUCAUCGAUAUUGUGAAGCCAGUGGUGGUCAGCUCCAAGGCCUUCUUUGAGCUGAAGGCUGGCCCAAGGAAGCAGUUCAUCUCGAGCGUUGCUAGCAGGUUCGCCACCUUGGCUGCGUCCGAAAACACGCAGAACUGCUACUGCGGCUUCCACGAGGGACUCCACGCCCAGACCACCUGCUCAGUGUCCGCAACUAAGCCAUUGGGCAAGAAGAACUAGGAGUAAGAGAAUAAAAGAGUGCCUUUUUGGAGGAGAGGAACGUGUAAAAAUAAUGCUGACUGUACGUGAAAGUGAAGAAAACUUGAUUAAAUUUUGAGUUUUUUUAAAAUACAGAA